AUGGAUUAUCUGCGGCUGGUGCUCUCCUGCCUCGUCCCCCUGCACGGCUGCCUGGCCGCCGGCAGCGCCCCAGAGCUCCUCCUGUCCGGCAAACUCAGCGAGUAUGGAGUGAUCGUCCCCUUCAGCACCGACUGCCGGGGUCGCUUCCUGUCGCACGUGGUGUCCGGCGACGCGGCGGCGGGGCUUGGCCAGCCCGCCUGUCCCCCGGAGCCGUCCCGGUCCCGGUGCCGGUCCCGGUGCCGGUCCCGCCGCCGCGUCCCCCGCAGCCCCGCGCCCGGGUCCCCCCCGCGCCGCCUGCUCUACUUCAACGUCACGGUGUUCGGGACGGAGCUGCAUCUCCGGCUGCGGCCCAACAGCCGCCUGGUGCCGCCGGGAGCCGUGGCGGAGUGGCAGGAGGAUUUCGAGGUGCUUUUCCGCGAACCCCUUCAGCAGCGGUGCCUUUUCACCGGUGACAUCUCCGGGAUGCCUGGAGCUGCCGUGGCCAUCAGCAACUGCGACGGACUGGCUGGCCUGAUUCGGACAGACAGCAACGAGUUUUUCAUUGAGCCCCUGGAGAGGGGCCAGCAGGACACAGAGGAGCACGGGAGGGCCCACGUGGUCUAUCGGCGCUCAGCCAUCCGGCAGGAUGGCGCCGAGCCGCGCCACGACCUCCAUCCUGAAGUGCCCGGCGUGCAGGUGGGUGAGCUCCCAAAUUCCCUGGAGCUGAUGGCGGGGCGGCUGGGGGACGCGGAGCGCAAGCGGCGCCACGCCAGGAAGGAUGACUACAACAUCGAGGUGCUGCUGGCCGUGGAUGACUCCAUCGUGCGCUUCCAUGGCAAGGAGCACGUCCAGAACUACGUCCUCACCCUCAUGAACAUAGUGGAUGAAAUUUAUCAUGACGAGUCGCUGGGCAUCCACAUCAACAUCGUGCUGGUCAGGAUGAUCAUGGUGGGAUAUCGUCAGUCGGUCAGCCUGAUCGAGCGGGGUAACCCGUCGCGGAGCCUGGAGCAGGUGUGCCGCUGGGCGCACUCGCAGCAGCGCCCCGACCCCCAGCACGCCGAGUACCACGACCACGCCAUCUUCCUCACCAGGCAAGAUUUUGGGCCCGCAGGUAUGCAAGGCUACGCUCCGGUGACGGGGAUGUGCCACCCCCUCCGCAGCUGCACCCUCAACCACGAGGACGGCUUCUCCUCAGCCUUCGUCGUCGCCCAUGAGACCGGGCACGUGUUGGGCAUGGAGCACGACGGCCAGGGCAACCGCUGCUCCGAUGAGACCAGCAUGGGGAGCAUCAUGGCGCCGCUGGUCCAGGCCGCCUUCCACCGCUACCACUGGUCCCGCUGCAGCAAGCAGGAGCUCAGCCGCUACAUCCACUCCUACAACUGCCUCCUGGAUGACCCCUUUGAGCACCAGUGGCCCACAUUACCUGAGUUGCCGGGAAUUAAUUAUUCCAUGGACGAGCAGUGCCGCUUCGACUUCGGCGUGGGGUACAAGACGUGCACGGCGUUCCGCACCUUUGACCCCUGCAAGCAGCUGUGGUGCAGCCACCCGGACAACCCCUACUUCUGCAAGACUAAGAAGGGACCGCCCUUGGAUGGGACCGAGUGCUCUCCUGGCAAGUGGUGCUUCAAGGGCCACUGCAUCUGGAAGACGUCGGAGCAGCCUUACAGCCAGGAUGGCAGCUGGAGCUCCUGGUCCAAGUUCGGCUCGUGCUCCAGGACCUGCGGGGGAGGCGUGCGAUCCCGCAGCCGCAGCUGCGACCACCCGCCCCCAGCAUACGGAGGGCGCCAGUGCCCGGGAGCCACCUACGAGUACCAGGUGUGCAACGCCGAGGAGUGCCCGGGGCCCUACCAGGAUUUCCGUGCCCAGCAGUGCUCCAAGCGCAACUCCUACUACACCCACCAGAACAGCAAACACUCCUGGCUUCCCUACGAGCAUCAUGAUGAUGCUCAGAAGUGUGAGCUGAUCUGUCAGUCCGAGGGCACGGGAGACGUGGUGUUCAUGAACCAGGUUGUUCACGACGGGACCCGCUGCAGCUACCAAGACCCCUACAGCGUCUGUGUCCGGGGCGAGUGCGUGCACGUUGGCUGUGACAAGGAGGUUGGCUCCCUGAAGCAGGAUGACAAGUGUGGGGUCUGUGGUGGGGACAAUUCCCACUGCCGGACGGUGAAGGGCACGCUGGCCAAGACCCCCAAGCAGCCAGGUGUUUUGAAGAUGUUUGAGAUCCCAGCUGGAGCAAGGCACCUUCAGAUAGAAGAGAUGGAGCCAGCAUCCCACAGCAUUGCUGUUAAGAAUCAAGCCACGGGGAACUUCAUCCUGAAUGCCAAGGGCCAGGAAGCCAAAAGCCAGGUGUUCAUUGAGAUGGGCUUGGAGUGGGAAUACACUGUGGAACAAGGCAAGGAGAGCCUGAAAACCAGCGGUCCCCUGCACGAGGCCAUCAGUGUUUUGGUCAUCCCUCAGGAGGAGGAGGUGAGGAGCAGCCUCAUGUACCGCUACAUCAUCCACGAAGACCUACUGCCCAUGAUUGGAAAUAACAAUGUCCUGCUGGAGGAGAUGGAUUCCUACGAGUGGGCCCUCAAGAGCUGGUCCCAGUGCUCCAAGGCGUGUGGAGGAGGCAUCCAGUACACCAAGUACGGCUGCCGUCGCAAGAGCGACAGCCGGAUGGUGCACAGGAACUUCUGUGACAACGGCAAGAAGCCAAAGCCAAUCCGGAGGCGCUGUAACCUCCAGGAAUGCUCCCAGCCCAUGUGGGUGGCUGAGGAGUGGGGUGCGUGCAGCCGCUCCUGCGGGAAGCUGGGGGUGCAGGCGCGGGCGGUGCAGUGCUUGCAGCGCCUGCAGGAUGGCAGCAACCGCACCCUGCACACCAAAUACUGCCCGGGGCAGCGCCCCGAGACACGCCGGCCCUGCGGCCGCCUGCCCUGCCCCGCACAGUGGAGGACAGGAGCCUGGUCCGAGUGCUCGGUGACCUGCGGGGAAGGUGUCCAGCAGCGGCAGGUGGUGUGCAAGGGUGGUGACAGCAGCGCACGCUGCGAGGGUGACAAGCCAGAGGCCAUCCAGGGCUGCCACGUGGCCCUCUGCCCGGGGAAGCUCUCCGGCAUCACCACCAGUGUCGAUGCCGGUGACCACGGCACGACCAAAGGGCAGCGGGUGCCCCAGGACGGAGCCAAAAACCCUGUGAGCAAGAUCUCCUCCAGGGAGCCUUGCCUCGGGGACAAGUCUAUCUUCUGCCAGAUGGAGGUUCUGGCUCGUUACUGCUCCAUCCCUGGAUACAACAAGCUCUGCUGCGAAUCCUGUGGGAAGAAAGCCUCCUCCAGCACUGGUUCAACCCCUGUCUCCAGCAUUCCCCUGGGAACCACUGCUCCCAGCCCCACUCUGGUGCUCUUCCCCUACCCCACUGCCCUGGCUCAGGGGGAGCCUGCUGGGGACCCCACUCUGGCCCCUGGGGUAUCCAGCAGUGGUGCUUCUCUAGGAGAGCUGCCAGCCCCAAGGGAGCCAGGAAGGGGCCAGGGGGGCAGGUAACCUGCUUGGGACCACCUCACUGUGAGGCAGGGAAAGCCUUUCUCCCUCUUCCCUCCCAUUCUC